AAAUGGCCCCAGCCCAGCCCACCCCACCCCACCCACGUUCUUUAUCCAUUUACAUCUUUUAUUUUUUGCUUAGCCCCUAAAAAUUCUUCAUGAGAGAGAGUAACAUCACCCGAAAAGUCGAAUCUAUUCAUUAAACAAUAAAAUAUCAUUUAAUUAAAUGAAAUUCAAUCAGUUCCUCAAAAACCCACAAAAAAUAAAUAGAGAAACUAAUCAAUGUACAGAUAAGACUAGUGGUUGAGGCCUGAGGUCAUCUCCUCUUUAACCUCUUUAUUUCAUCAAUCAGGUUUAACCAGAAUUGGUUCACAUAUUUCAUGCUUUGACAUUGCUGCAUCAUUGAGAUUGUGUGUUGAUAAUAGAUUGAUAGAUGGGGUCUGAAGGUCCUGCUCCUGCAGUAACAGUCCAUGUGACAGGGUUCAAGAAAUUUCAUGGGGUUGCAGAAAAUCCAACUGAGACAAUUGUGAAUAACCUCCAAUCCUAUAUGAAGAAAAGGGGUCUGCCAAAAGGGCUGAUUCUUGGUACUUGUACAGUUCUUGAAACUGCAGGACAAGGAGCUCUCGUUCCCUUAUAUCAAACUUUGCAAUCUGCUUUGAGUAAGGAUGCCAAUGGGCCAAAUUUGGGGAGAGUUAUCUGGGUUCAUUUUGGGGUUAAUAGUGGAGCAACAAGAUUUGCUAUAGAGCAACAAGCUGUCAAUGAAGCUACUUUCCGUUGUCCUGAUGAGAUGGGAUGGAAGCCCCAGAGAGUUUCCAUUGUCCCAGCAGAUGGUGGGAUCUCACGAGUUCGGGAGACCUCUCUUCCUGUUGAGGAGAUAACAAAAUCAUUGGCGAAGAUGGGGUACGAAGUGACAACAUCGGAUGAUGCUGGUCGAUUCGUUUGCAAUUAUGUAUACUACCACUCGUUGCGGUUUGCAGAGCAGAAUGGGAUAAAAUCAGUGUUUGUUCAUGUUCCUCUCUUCUUGACUAUAGAUGAGGAGACUCAAAUGCAGUUUGCUGCUACUCUGUUGGAGAUACUUGCCUCUAUAGAUUAGGCUCUUCAACAAUCAUCAUCUAUCAUCUAUUCAAAUCUCUCAAAAGUUUUGGGAGACUCUUAUGUGUCGCCUUUGGAUUCGUGUAUGCGAAGAUGGACCUAUCUAUCCACUGCAUUGCUUUCAAAAUAAACAGUUGAGUGAAUGUGAAUUAUCAAGUGUUUCAUUAA